AUGCAGACUUCGUUGUUGAAGUACCGAACUCCGCACGUCGAACGAAUCAUUAGCAAAGAUGCCUCCAAAAAUCGGUCGCGCGCCAAAGGAUCUGGGGACGGGCCGGCUGCGCAACAUGUCCCAAUCGCCACAACGGAAGACAUCCUAGAUUCGAUUUUGCCGCCCCGUGAAUGGACCGAAAAUGGACAGCUGUGGAGGCAAAGAGUCAGCAGCACCCCAGCCACACGAGCCGAUGUCAUUGCUCUCCAAGAAGAACUUGACAAACGUCUACAGCAGAGACAAGCGAGAGAAUAUGGACUCUGCUCGAUCAGAGAGAAGCUUUAUUCGCAGUGCUUCGACGAGAUCCUCCGGCAGGUGACAAUUGCGUGUGCUGAGAGAGGCUUGCUUCUUCACCGCGUGCGAACCGAGCUUCGAACCAUGAUCCAAGCAUACCAGAAGUUGUAUGGGUCAUCUGCAGCCUUCGGCAUGAGGAAGGCGUUGCAGGCAGAACAGAGGAAAGAUGAGAUGGACCAGCAGCUCGAAUUCCUCACUCGAAGCAACCGACAGCUUGAACAAGAAGUAAAUGUGAUGGAGCGAUACGUCGAGAAAACAAUUCAGGACGCGAAGGAGAGAAUGGAACAGGAAGAACAAGACCACAGGGCGACAGUAAUGGCGCUGAAGAAGAAAUCGCAGAAGAUGCGGCACGAACUUGAACGCCUUCUCUCUGUCUCAACUCGGCGAUGA